AUGCAGUCUGGAGUUUGGGGUCCAUGGUUAAACCAGCCGUUUAAAACUUAUUAUCCAUCUUGUUACAAGAGUGCCCCACAUAAUUCCAGCCUCAGCUGUGUCCCUAACAAUUUUCAUCCACCAAAUACUCAUGGAAAUUGUGGUUUAUGUGGUCAAUAUGGUUACGGUAGAAUGAAAUGUUGUCCUAAUUUAUUUUACUCAUGCCAACCCUUCUGCACCGAAUGUUGUGGCUCAAAUUUCCCCAGUGACCCCAUGUGCUCCAGAUCGAUUCCUUCAGGAAAUUCUCCUAACUGUAAAAGCACUUCCGAAAAUUUUCACAUGAGUUUAAAAAAUCUCAAAAAUUUUGUUAUUGGUAAAUGUUUCCUAUAUUCCUGUGCAAACGACAAUUCUAAAAAACAUGGGUUGAUCAUACCAGCGCCUCCAUAUAAACCUGACAGGAAUUGUUGCAACUACUCCUCCACAUUCAACGCUGCCGACAACGAACUUUGUAAAUUAGAACGAAACAUUCAAAAUAAGAUUCUGAAUUUUUCGCCUCUCAACGAAAACUAUAACGUUGAGGAUCCAGUAACUGACGCCGGCUUUCAACCUAACUCCGAAGGUGGAGAUGGUGGCCGAAGAUCACCGCCAAGCAAAUCGGAAGAACCAAAAGAAGAAAAAGGCAAGAAAGGAAAAAAAGGAAAAAAAGGAAAAAAAGGGGAAAAAGGUGAUGGCAAUGAAAAGGGUAAAGGAAAAAAAAGAAAUGGCAAGAAAAAAGAAAAAAAAGGAAAAGAAAACCAAAAAUCUAUGUAA